CGGCGGGGGGCCGUCCGCGGAGGCGGAACGUCCUGGCGCCGGGGCCCGGCUUCCGCGCAGCAGCCGAGCCGCUUUGGCAGGCGGCCCCAGGGACCCGGAGCGCCGGCGCGGACGGACCGCAGAGGUUGUUUGAAGGCCGCGGCGGACAUGGCGGCGCUGGCGGGUGAGCGGAUCGGGGCUGCGGCGGCCGCGCGCUCGGGAGCUGGGGGACCUGCGGCCUGCACGGCUCCCCGCCUGCUCCGCCCGAUCCUGGCUCUGCGCUCCGGUGUGGGCGUGGCUACGCAGGUGCGUGGUGUCCAUUCGAGUGUGGCAGCUGACAGCCCCAGCAGCACCCAGCCUGCUGCAUCCACGGCUGGAGCUGUGGUCCCCAAAUCCACCGCCCUUCCCAGCAGCCGGGGCGAGUAUGUGGUGGCCAAGCUGGAUGACCUCGUCAACUGGGCCCGCCGGAGCUCCCUGUGGCCCAUGACCUUCGGCCUGGCCUGCUGCGCGGUGGAGAUGAUGCACAUGGCCGCGCCGCGCUACGACAUGGACCGCUUCGGCGUGGUCUUCCGCGCCAGCCCUCGCCAGUCCGACGUGAUGAUCGUCGCCGGCACGCUCACCAACAAGAUGGCCCCUGCACUCCGCAAGGUGUACGACCAGAUGCCCGAGCCUCGAUACGUCGUGUCCAUGGGGAGCUGUGCCAACGGAGGAGGUUAUUAUCACUACUCGUACUCUGUGGUGAGGGGCUGUGACCGCAUCGUGCCCGUGGACAUCUACGUCCCAGGCUGCCCGGGAAGGUUUAGGUCACGAUGCUCUGGUGCCCUUCAGAGGAACGGUGGAUGGUGGUGAUUAGGGUUCUGGAGACAUUUGCUGAGCGCCUUGGCCGCGCCAGCCCCCAGGGCGUCCCCCACUGUGGGGGGGGUGGGGCCCGUCUGCGGGGGUGGGCACGGGGGAAUCCACCCUGCGGAUAGAGGCCAGGCCCUGGCCAGCUGCCCCGUUGGCUGUGUGACCAAGGGCAGGUCUCCCCUCCGAGCCCGGCCCCCUCCACCAGGCAGGCUCUGGGGACAGCACUGCUAGAUUCUGGGCCGAGGACCACCCUUGCCUGUGGUUGUCCUUCCGGGCCGCUCCCCCCUGGGGGGUGACCUGGCCCUCUGCUUUUGGUGGGGUGGUGGGGAUGAGGGCCCCAGGACUUCCCCUCCUGUGAGCCGUGUGGGCCUCCCUGCCUGGCCUGGCUGUCCUGCCCCCUAGACUCCCCCAUCCCUCCCUGCUUUCCAAGGGCGCACUACCACCAGGGGCUAGCGUGGCCCAGGGUCAGCGGACUACCUGUGCUUGUCCUCCCAGAGGCCCCAGGCCAGGUCAUCAGGCUAGCGGACAGGGCAGCUGGGCCCAGAACGGGCAGCCCAGUCGUCCUCACGCACGUAGCUUGACUGCCAGGGUCAGGAACUCGAACCCCAAACCUGGACAGAACAGGCUAGAGGCGGUGCUGGAGACAGGGUCCCCGGCCCCCUCAGACCCCUCCCUGGACAUGGCUCUGCUGCCCCCUUCUGGUCCCAGGGCCCAUCUGGCCUCCAGCUGCUGUGCCCAGCCUCCCCUUCAACCAUCCCCACGGAGGCGCACUUUGCCAAGCAGCAGGGGUCCGGCAGUGGCCCCGGUGUGGGGGAUGGGCACAGUUCCAGGCAUCCCGUCAUCGGUUGCGGGGGGGAGGGCGCAGGGCGGGAUCCGGUCACCCGCGGUGGGCAGGGAGACUGAGGCACGGCCCCACCUGCAGGCUGCCCGCCCACGGCCGAGGCGCUGCUCUACGGCAUCCUGCAGUUGCAGAGGAAGAUCAAGCGGGAGAA